AUGUCCGUCAUCCUAGCGACGGGCUCGUACGAUCACGAUAUACGAUUCUGGGAGGCUUGGAGUGGCAUAUGCUCCAGAACGAUCGCGAGGAAAGACGAAUCAGGACAAGUGAAUCGUUUAGCAAUAUCUCCGGACAAGCGCCUGCUGGCUGCAGUGAUCCACAAGAAGAUCAACAUCUACGAAGUCGCAAGCACGUCUUCAACCCCCCUUAUCACCUUUGAAGGACACACUUUAAACAUCACUUCGGUAUCUUUCCAUAGCGAAGGCAAGUGGUUGGUGACUGGAAGUGAAGAUGGAACGAUCAAGAUCUGGGAUCUUCGGAGUGCGCAUCUCCACAGGAACUAUGACAACGAGGCUCCCGUCAACGACGUAGUGGUUCAUCCAAACCAGGGGGAACUCAUUUCGUGUGACCAGGCCGGACGAAUUAAACAAUGGGACCUCUCAGAGAACAUCUGUACUCACGAACUGACCCCAGCUGGCGAUACCCCAAUGCGCUCUAUCAGCCUUGCGUCGGAUGGAUCCUGCCUCGUUGCGGGAAAUUACAAGGGCAAAUGCUACGUUUGGAAGAUUAAUGAGGAACGUUCAGAUUUGCCUCGGUUCCAAGCCGUCACGAAGUUCCAGGCGCAUAGCAAAUACUUGACAAGAUGUCUUCUGAGUCCAGACGUGAAGUAUUUGGCUACAUGCUCCGCGGAUACGACAGUCAAGAUAUGGUCUUUAACACCGUCAUACGAGUUCCGAUUGGAGAAGGUUUUGCAGGGGCACCAACGAUGGGUCUGGGAUUGUGCCUUCAGCGCGGACUCAGCGUAUCUAGUUACAGCAUCAUCAGAUCACACGGCGCGCCUGUGGGAAAUGGCCUCAGGCGAGACCGUCCGUCAGUAUAAUGGGCACCACAAAGCCGCAGUGUGUUGCGCCUUACACGAUGGCGCUGGCUAG